AUGCUCAGUUUGGAAACAGACAUCAACACCAAUCCCCUCACUAUCGACCACAAACUCGACAUUCAAGCAUACAAGAUUCCGUAUAAUAUCAUCACAAUGGUCUGCGACCUCCUAGAGAGCGCCAAAGGCAGUCAGCCAUCCAAGCUCCUAGAGUGCCUCGAAAAAGACCUGACCGAUUCCGCUCAAGAAUCUCUUGCUUCUACGAGUACUGCUAUUGUUGACAUAGAUGUUGGAAUGGUCUUAACGACGACGGUAGUCGCCUGGCGAGAAACGGUCCAAGAUCUUUUGUAUGUGGGACAAUCAGUUGAUGUUGUACAGCAAACUCCUUUGUAUUCAGACCCGAUUUCUGCUUGUGGUAUUGAGCUCAUUCAUACUAUUAAGCAAGCUCGGGGAGUCUUUUCUUAG